AUGAGUAGCACAUGUCAUAAUCAGGAAUCAAAUGUGGUUCAUGCUGAUACAAAUGCUGCAUUGUAUGAAUUGGAUGAUAAUGAAGCUAUUAGCAUAGUAUUUCUUCUUUUGGAUGUUGAAUAUCUUGCAAAACAUGGCUUCAAGUAUUGCCAGUACAUCUGUAAUGGAAGGUUGAAGGAAACUAUGGAUCUGCUGGUGACUGUUGUGAAGCAUACUAAAGGGUCAUUGUCAUCUGUGAUUGAAGCUCUGUAUAUUAUAGGACGAUAUGACUUGUUGGAAGAUCAUUUAGGUCUACGCAUCGAUCAGAAAUUUAUCACAGUGUUUACUGACAGUGUUGAUGAAGACAGGAAAGCACUGUAUUGCGUGUUUGCUGGCAUGGCACAAGAAGAAGCAGACUGCAUAAUUCAGGCAAGACUGAGUGACUGGUCUUGUCCAGAAUCAGGCCGGCCAUUUGAGGAAACAUUUGCCAGGAAUCUCAGCAUAGAAAACUACUAUCAUCUGAUUACUGAUCUUUACGAUGGGCUAAUGGAUGAAAAUAAAGAAACUUUAGCUUUAUAUUUGCAUCCAUUUAUCCGUCGAAUCCAGCAGUCAAUACAAGUACCUAUUCUGCCAAGUUGGAAUUUAGAAACUACAUAUCCUCCUCCAACCUGCUAUCCUCAUGGGUUGUGCAUCAUUAUAAACGUUAAAUCUUUCAUGAAGCCAAGAGUAGAAAAUGAAAAUAUACCUUCACUGGGCGAGAGGCAUGGAUCAGAUAUCGAUAAAGAAAGACUUGCUGGAACAUUCAAGCUUUUUGGCUUCCAUGUGAUGCAUUUGGAUAAUCCUGAUCAUGAGCAGAUUCAGCGAUUCUUCAAAAAUUUACGUGUCAGUCCAAAGUUGGCUGUCGUAUCUUGUUUAGUUGUGUGUGUUAUGACCCAUGGAGAUGAGUAUGAUCAGAUUUUCCUGCAUGAUCGGUCAUGUUUGUCCAUUACUGAUUUGCGGAAACUUUGCUUCAGUCAAGUACUGCAUGACAAGCCCAGACUAUACUUCAUCCAAGCAUGUCGUGGAGAACGAGCAUUGCAACCCAUAUUUCUCCAGCAAGAUGUCUGCACUGUAGCCCAUGCAGAGAGUAACUGCUUAAUUUCAGCUGCUACUGUUAAAGGCUAUUCAGCUGUUAGAAGUCAGACUGCAGGGUCAUGGUACAUCACAGACCUUUGUCAGGCAUUGCAGGAGUUUGGUCAUUUGGUACCCAUUAAGACGGUACUUCAUAGGACAAGGGAGACUUUGAUGGCUCGUGUUGGUAGCAUGAACAACAAAUUUGUGACUCAGCUGUCAGAGGAUAAAGACACAUUAACAAAAGAUGUUCAGUUGGUAAGAGCUGAUGAAGAGAACUUUCUUGAAGGAAUAAUCGAUCUUGUAAGAUUAGAGGUUGUUGAAAAAUUGGUUGAAGAUCUUUUUGAGGAAGCACUAAGCGCUGCAGAAAGUAGUGGUGAUCUUGAUGCACUAAAUGAAAAAAUGUCUUCUUUUACUAUGAAUUAAAUGGUUACCCUUA